AUGCACCUUGCUGAAGGAUUGAAGAAGCAGCGCGCUCUCAAUUCGCAGUUCGAAGGCAAACAACUGUCGUGUGUCGUGGAGCUGGAUCUGUCUUGUAAUCCAGUUCGUGAUCAGGGUGCGCAGGCUUUGGCCAACGCCGCCAUGUCCUGCUUGGGCUCAGACAGCGUCCGCUUCGAGGCUCUCUGGGGUGUGGAGGAGGUCUUCCUGUGGGACACAGGCAUCACUGCCCGGGGCCGCGAUGCACUUCAGGGUGCGGUGGCUUCGCGUGCCACCCUUGCCAUGGAAGCAGCCCUGGCAUUGCGGAAGAGUGACGAACUCAUCGAGAAGGUUCGAGUGAAGCGUCGUCGACGUCCCAAAGCUUUGCAGGUCCAUGGGCUGGAGCUCAAAGAUCCUAUUGCGGAGCAACUGCGGAGCGAUGCCGACACUGAGCUUCAGGAUCUGUGGCCCACGCCACUGAUGGAGCCCGAGAGCGAGGAGCCAGACAGCCAAGAGCAGGUGCUUUGGGUUCGCAGUUCCGAGAGCUGUGCCCUGUUGGUAUCGAAGGUGCUGGCCCGAGAGUCACGCUUCAAUUUUUGA